AGGGGGCAUGGUUACCACGGGAAGUGCGUUGUACACAAAGCAGUGAAAGGCGGUAGAAGUGCUGUGCGGUUACCGAAGUAAACAAAUGUUCUUGGAAGUCCUGCAAUUAGUUGAAUUUGGCUUAUGUCGCUAGUUAACCUCUUUAAAGAUCAGUGUUUUACCUACAGUACCUAGUUUCGAUCGAUCCAUUACAUUUGUUUAGCAGCUGUAAAGAUGGUGUAACGUUCAGGAUUCUACAGGUUAGACAGCAAGCGGAAGGCAUGAAGACCCUGUGCUCUGAGCCUUUAGGUUAAAACACUUACAGGGAAAACUUUAACUACCAAAACCACACCAGUCUGAGCCACAUGGAGGCUUCUCUGGGAUCAAUGCAGAAUCCUGACUUUAGCUCUGUACUGUCCUCGUGUGAGCCAGAGCUCCAGGAACUGAUGAGACAGAUCGACAUCAUGAUCAACCACCAAAAGAGGGAGUGGGAGGCCCAGAUCUGUAACCUGGAGCUCAGGGUGAAGGGUGGAGAGGAGGAGCUUUUAAUCUCCAAAAAGCUCAUUGAACGAAGGGACCUGGAGAUUGGACUACUUCACAAACAGCUUGAAGAUAUCCAGAGAAGUCGCCAAGAUGUAGUAGCAAAGUACGAGCAGCAACUGCAGAAACUCCGGGAAGAGCUAGACAAAUUAAAGAGAAGUUACCAAAAACUUCAGCGCAAACAGCUCAAGGAGACAAGUGGAGGAGCAAAUGUGACAGACCAUUCAAAGGAAUGCCAGCAGCAUUUUUCAGAAUGGGAGCAGCAGCGGGCAGAGUAUCAAAAACAGCUGACAACCCUGGAAGCUCAGAAUAAGAGUCUAACUGACGAGAUCUCUCACAUUACAAGCCAAGGAGCAUCCUGGCGAGUGGAGCCGGAGCACAGGGAGUGCUGUUCAGAGGUGCAGCAUCUCCAUACUCAGCUGGAGAAGGCCCACAACAGCCUCCUCUCUCAGGAGCUGGAGCUAGAGCGUCUCCGACCCUUUGAGGCCCUGCUGGGACGGCACCAGAUGGACCUGCAGAUGCUGUCAGAGGAACAGGAAGCUCUCCGCACCACACUGGACUCCCAGGAUACAUCCAUGAGGAGUACUGGUCUCGAGCACCAAAGACUUCGGAAUGAAGCUGCCAGACUCAGUCAAGUGCUUCAAGUUAAGGAUCAAGUGAUCCGCUCUCUGGAGGACUGCCUGGCAGGUCAGGGCUGUGCUGGUGUGGAGAUCCUCAGGAAAGACCUGGAGAGGGCUGCUGCCAAGCUUCAGGGUGCCCAAGUAUGUGAGGCACACCUCGAGGCAGAGGUGGCAUGUCUGAAAGAGAGAUUGGAGAUUACAAGCAGACAGCAACGAGAUCAAACAAAGAUGGAGCAAGAACUGAGAACCAUUAAGGCAGACUGGGACUCUUCGGCUGCGGAAAUCAUAAAGCUCAGGGAGGAGCUGGAGAGGGCCCGACAGACCCACAGCGGAGAAGUUGAGGGAAUGAAGAGGGAGGUGUCAAAGCUGACCAGCGAGCUGCACCAGCGUGACCUGUCCAUCUCCACACUGAGCAGCUCCUCAUCCAGCAUCAAGCAGCAGCUUCGUAGUGAGGUGCAGCGGGCAGAACAGAAAGCAGCUCAUAUCAAAGUGACUCAGGCCCAGCUGGAGACUCUGCAAGCUGAGAAUCAGCAUCUGAAAGGUCUGCUGCAGAAACUCCCACCUCACUCACCCAAGGGGGAGGGAUUCUCAUCACUGCAGCAGAGCUACAUGUCCUCACUGAGCAGCCUUGAACAGGAAAACCAACAUUUAAGGCAGGCGCUUACUAAGACACAUCUGCAGCUGGAUGCCCCAAAUAAAACGUGUCAGGAGAAGUAUGAACAAACUCUGCUCAGCCAUGCCAUGACGGAGCACCUGCAGCCUUAUCAGGAAAGGCUUCAGGCACAGAAGACAGUCACUAGCUAUGAAGGAGAGAACCAGAGGCUCUUUAAAUCUCUUCACAUCUUACCAAAAUCUUCCAACGAAGAACACGGCACCCAGAACAAAGACAACAGGCCACAUUCCUUUUCAUCUUCCUCCUCCUCUUCCAGCAGCAGUGCUAGACUAACCAGGAGAAACUCAGUGACAGCCUUAACUCCACCCAAAUCAGCUGCCCAGGGCCAAAGCUCCAGCUCAGAAGACUCUCUGACCUCUGGAUCCAGAGAGAAAGUGGUUCCCUCUCCCUCUUUAGGGGAGGCGCUGUCAGUGUCACCUGCACACAGUGCAGUCACUCGGUUCCUGGAGGAAGAGAGUUUAUGGUCCAAUGAGCUGCAACAGAAACUGGAGAGCCACAUCCAGGGUAUGAAGGAGAACAACCUCAGGACGGUGACCAAGUUCCUUGCAGACAGCUCAGGACAAGGCUGACCUUGGUUCUGUGCAGAGCAGCCGGCCUCAUCAGUGACUAUAAUAUAUUGGAUAAAUGGCAGCAAACAGGAAGGUGUGACUCAGCUGAUCCGUUUAAGAAGACUGCUCCUGGUUUCACAAGUCUUGCACAUUUAAGCUGCUGCAGUGUUUCCUAUCUUGCCAUGUAUGUUGACGUAUUGAAAAUCGCAUGACCCCAGACUCUGAACAUUGAGAAAUAAGGCACAUUGUGAGGAACAUCUAGUCCUGCCAUGUGUUGCAAGUACAGUAUGUGUCACUGCUGAUGCGCCCCUGUUUUGUAUAGUUUGUGUUUUGCUGUGCUGUGCUGCAUCAGGGUGGGGUACGUUACUUUGCCAUUACUUUGGUUUGAUGUCAUGUCGUCUUGUUUCAUUUCUUUAAUUCAUAUUUAAGGAUCAGCUGGCCAUAUAGGGAUGGAUGCUCUAUGUUCUAUAAAAACCAUUAUGGAGCUUCCAGCAUGCUGAGGUGAGCAAAUGUUCAUCAGUGUAGACAGAGCAUCUGUAAAGCGUAACAUAACAUUAAGUUCAUGCUCUUAGGAGCUCAUUACUGCACGAUCUGAGUAACAUUUAUGUAAAUUCAGUAGCAAGACAGGGUUGUGCAGUGAAGCUUUUCAACAUGUUUAUAAAAUCUGUGGCAGCCUGGCUUAUCAGAUGUGUAGGAUAAUGAUGCUGGACCAUUAUUUCCUUAAAGCCCUGGAUCUCCCUGCAGCAUUGAAUAUGGGGUAGUGUGAUAACUUUGAGGUCAGAUGGUUUGCACUGUCGUUUUUCCAUGACUGAUGAACCCUGUUUCCUAUUUCCAAAUAGAGCCAUGGGCAAUCAGAUGCAGAAAUGAUGUGAUCUAGGCCAUUUGUGUACAAUCUACGAUUGUACACAAAUGGCCUACAGUAGACGUCUUAAAUGCUUACUUUGUCCUGUCUGUGUCUUUGUAAGGAUGACAGAGGUUUUUUUUGUUAGCUCUUAACUAUCUUUAACCAUUAUUACUGCUUUAUACUACAUUUGUUUCUCUACCGAGUAAUAUAUUAGAAAGCAUGCAGUUGUGAUAUUAAUGCUGAACAUUGCAAAUGAUGGUCUUGGUUGCCAGUAACACACAUUUUAGUCUCUCUUCUCCUUGUCAUCAACAUGUUCCCACCACUGUCCAUCUAUAUCAGGUGUGGGCAUCAAGUGAGUGAUCAUCCAAUAGGCCAUUGAUAUUACUGGCAUGCAGAUUGUGAAAACAUUGCAACUGAAAUACCAUAGUCUACUGAAUAUUGCAAUGAAACAGUCCUUUGCAAUUUCAGUAUCACACAUGCUAAAGUUACCGUAGCAACUGGGCUUUGAUAUAUUGAGGAGCUGUGCUGCUAAGACAAUGACUCUUCUCAUUUAAGAAACCUUGAACUUUUCCUGCCUUUGUAGAAACACCUCUGAUAAUGGCGACAAUAUGCUGCACCAGGUGUGUAAAACAGUCUAGAUUUCUUCACUACAUUAUAUGGCAUAAAAACUUUCCCCACUUGUGUGUUUGAUGUCAUAUUUAGGGCAACCAACCUAUUUACUUUCCAGUCUCUUUACACUGUCCCUUUCCUGUGUCUCAUGGACCUACUCUCCACAGUUCCACCAGCUUCACAGCCACCCACUCUGCAGAGUUCCUCCAGCUUGUCUAGCACAGGAAUGUUUGCACCAUGCCAGCGUUGUCAUGAACCUUCCCCUGCGGCCUGCUUUGUCCUCAUCAUUAGAAACCUGAUGGAAUGUUAAUAUCAACCAUGUGGAGGGCUGAGAGGCCAGGGGAGUUGUGUCCAGAUGAAUUUAAUAGUUGUUUUUUUUGUUUGUUUUUUUUUACGAGAGACACAUUAAAAUAAACUGAGAACAAAAACCAAACAGAAGAAAAA